AUGGUUUCAGGUGUCUGGUCAAGUCUUGUGGUAGUUUUGUGUGGCAUCCUGCUCCCAGCAGUAUUUGCUGAAUACUGCAGCAGCUUUACGGGCGCAAAUGGCUACUACUAUGAAAAACAACAAUGUGACAAUCAUUACUGCUGUGGAACCUGCAGCCAAAUGUACUGCUGCGAUGACAGGCGUUAUCGUAUAACCCAAGAUGAACAAUAUUACUGUACUGGAAGGUGUGCUCCUGUUCGAAGCAAACUUGCUACACUUCUGGGAAGCAUCUUGGGGUCUGUUUUACCUGUCCUCCUUUGUGUGGGUCUCGUCAUCUGCUGUGUGGCUCCUUGCUGUUUGUUCUACAAGAAGUGUCGAAAGAGAAACAACCAAAGACAACCAAAUGCCACUGUAAUUCACACACCGCAGCAGCCAAACUCCCCCUCCAGACAACCAGGAUACCAGCCUGUACCUGUUCAGCCUGGAUUUGGAGGCAUGCCCAACCCUAAUGCACCACCUCCCUACUACGGAGGCAAUCCAGCUCCCCCGUCAGCUCCAUUCUCUCCAGGUCAGCCGAUGUACCCUAUCCAGCCCAAUAUACCACCAGCAUAUCCAGGUUUAUUCACACAGCCAGCCUACAACCCCUCUCACAACGCAAACCACUAA